UUAAAUACUAUUUUAUCUAUAUGUGUAUAUAUAUUGUCAGGGAAGAUGAGAUUGUUGUCUCUGUCUUAGAAAAUAUAUAGAGAAAACCGAAAAAAGAAAGGAAAAUAUAUAUGCGAAAGUUAUUAAGAGAUUAGUGUCGGUGAUGUUUUGAACUUCUCCUUUGCGGUUUCGUGUUCCUCCCUUCUCUUCUUGGCCCACGUGUUCGUCAUAUCUCCCUCCGCAUGUAAUCACUUCGCCGUCAAACUCACAUCUUCUUCUUCUUCUCAAGUCUUUAGAUCGGUGAAAACGUUGAUUCUUACGUGGCUUUUUGGAAUCUCCGGCGAAAACCCUUAUGGAGACAGCGAGGGAAGUGGCGGCGGCUGUACCUGCUUCGACGGUUGCGUCGGCGGCGGCGACGAGGAAGAGAGAGAAACAGUAUAAAGGGAUAAGGAUGAGGAAGUGGGGGAAGUGGGUGGCGGAGAUCAGAGAGCCUAAUAAACGGUCGAGGAUAUGGCUUGGCUCUUACUCUACUCCUGAGGCGGCGGCGAGAGCUUACGACACGGCGGUAUACUAUCUCCGGGGUCCUUCCGCUCGGCUUAACUUCCCGGAGCUUUUAGCCGGCGUUACGGUGGAGGGAGGAAACGGUGGUGGGGAUAUGUCGGCGGCUUAUAUAAGGAGAAAAGCGGCUGAGGUUGGAGCUCAGGUGGAUGCGUUAGAAGCGGCGGGAGGGAAUCGUCAUCACCAUCACCAUCAUCAUCAACAACAACGUGGAAGUCAUGAGUACGUGGAUGAUGAUCAUAGUCUUAAUCAUAGUGAUUAUCGUCUUAAUGAUGGUCACAACGAGUGUAGUAGUAAAGAAGAGUUUAAGAGGUGUAACGGGUCAUGGGAAGCCGUUGAUUUGAACAAACUACCCGACCCGGAAACUUCUGAUGACGAUUAAGGAUCUUUCUCCGACCCACCACGAAAAAAACGUUGUAGAAGCAAGGAAGGUUUAGAGAAUGUUUAUCUUUAUGAUGCGCCGGAGGUUGCUAACAUGCACCUCCACCCUGAGUUUGUGAUCACUAGUCCUAAGUGUAUUGAUAUAUUUUCCAUAAAUAGUUUUCAUUGAUAACUCUUUCUAAAACUUCAAUUAUCGUACUCAGAAUCAAAGUGUUGCAUGUUUGGGAUAUAUGAAACAAAUUAAACGA